UCAUCUUAUAAAAUGGAGACGAUUAGUAAAGCCUUAAUUUUGUUGAGUAUUGUUGCCCAUCUCAUAAUUCUAGGGCAUGCUCAAAACACUACCUUGAUCACCCAAACAUGCAAUCAAACACCAAACUACAACCUUUGUGUUUCAACAUUAACCUCGGACCCGAAAACACGUUACGCAAAUGAUACGAGGCACCUAGCCAUCAUCAUGGUGCUCCACGCCAAUGGUUUGUCAACCAAAACCCAAAAUCAUAUAUUCGGUCUAAUAAGGAACCGUGGAAUUGCCGGACCGGUGAGGCAACUCCUUGACAAAUGCUAUCAAAAUUACUCAAGAAUCAUCACGAAUCGGCUUAUUGAAACUGUAGAAGAUUUGUUAGCCAAAAGGUAUGCCUUUGCUCCAGAUAUGAUGAAAAAUGUACAACGUUAUGUCAAUGUUUGUGAGGGGAGCUUCAAGAAACCCGUCAAAUCUCCCAUAUCUGCUGAUAAUAAGGCUAUGUUUGACCUUUCUGGAGUUGCUUACGCUAUUAUUUCUCACCUAAGUAAUAAUAAUGUAACUUAAAUAUAAAAUAUGCAUUCCCUUUUUUGGUAAACUAGAUGUUACGUAGUAUUUGAAUAAUAUUGCUAUGUAAAAAACAAAGACUCGAUAAUUUGGUUUUCUUGCUUCAAAUGAACCACUUUUCUUUCUAUUAUGUUUC